AUGACAUUAUUGUUGGUGACAGUCUGCGAUGCACGUUUCCCGAUACCCAAGAAAGUAACGACUCAUAUCAACAACGAUUUAGGCCCUGGAAUCGAUCUUACCCUGCACUGCAAGUCCAAGGAGGAUGACCUUGGGGAGCAUGUACUUCAAUACCAUGAUCAAGGGUAUGAAUUUAGAUUCCGUCCAAACAUCUGGGGUUCAACGCUAUUUUUUUGUAGCUUUUCAUGGCAAGGUGGUCCAAUCCAUUGGUUUGAUAUUUACGAUUAUCGAAGGGAUGACGACGGGAGUAAGAUGGAACUGCAAUGGUAUUUCAUCGAGUGA